AUGACAGAUGUACAGAGGAAGUUGGUGAGGAUACUGAACUUAGUAGUGAAGCUGCGGUUAAUUAUAGCAGUGAAUUGCAAUCAACCCCCUCAGACAGCUCUUUGGGUCAUGACAAAAGUGCUCAAUCAGAAUCCAGGAGAAGAAAGAUGGGUUCAACUUCAAGGAAUCCUAGAGGUAGACAUGAGGAGGAAGAACAUGGAGAGAGUAAGAUGCAUAGAUAUCGUUAUCUUUAUGAUGAGAGGAAGAGGUCACAAUGGGAAAAUAAUAAAUGUUUGGCAUCGAAGAAACUGAGUUGGAAAUGUCUAUGGAGCCUAAAGGUAGCGCCAGUGGAGACGAGAAAGAAGGAGAGCAGAUGGAAAAGGAGAAUUUCCAAACGGAGGAAGACACAGAAAACAUAGAAGAGACAGGAGAGAGGUUAGAUUGGGAAAUGGGAACAGUGGAAGGAUCUGGUGUUGAAACAUUGGAAGAGUCACUGAUGUUAUUGGAACCGGAACAUAGAGCCAAUGGGGAGAGUAAUGGAAUGGAUGAAGAAAGUCUGAUUGAACCCACCCCUUUUGACAAAGACAUCGAUUCAUUUGGUAUUGCAGAUCAAUUCUAUAACCAAGAGAAAGGCAACAGAGUCACCGUAGAAACUGCCAAUACAGAAACUUAG